AUGCAGACCAAAAAUUACAUCAACGGCCAGUGGCUGGAGGGCAAGGCUGGACGCACAUUCCCCGUCUACAACCCUGCUACGGAGGCCAAAAUCACAGAUGUCCAUGAGGCAGAUGCCGAGGAUGUCGAUGUUGCCGUGGACGCUGCAAAGGCCGCUUUUCCCGCCUGGCGGGAUCUCUCCAUGUGGGAUCGCGCGGAAAAGUGCCUCAAGCUUGCCGAGCUGAUUGAUAGAGACCGUGAUCAGAUUGCCAAUCUAGAAGCAACGAAUAUGGGCUUGCCAGUCUCGUCAUAUCUUCCGUGUAUUGACGGAGCCAUUGGCGGCAUCAAACACACCGUCGGCUUAGCACACGAUAUUCAUGGCGAGACGUCGCUCAACACACCUGGAUUUGUCACCUUUACUCUUCGCCAGCCGUACGGUGCCUGCGCUGCUAUUAUCCCUUGGAAUGUGCCCAUCAUUAUGUGGUGCGGCAAGGUUAUUCCGUGCAUUGUUGCUGGAAACACCAUUGUCGUCAAGUCGUCAGAAAAGGCGCCGUUGACAUCGCUCAAGCUGGCUGCUCUUGUCGACGAAGCCGGCUUUCCUCCUGGCGUUGUGAAUAUCCUCUCUGGGUUUGGUCAUACCGCUGGUGUGGCACUGUCGACACAUAUGGGCAUCCGCAAGAUUUCAUUCACAGGCUCAACGAGGGCCGGCAAGGCGGUGCUGGAGGGCGCUGCCAAGAGUAACAUGAAGAGAGUGUGUGUCGAAUGCGGUGGCAAGAAUCCUGCCGUGAUUUUUGAAGAUGCAGAUCUUGAGGCGGCCGCUGAGGCAGUGUCCAACUCGCUCAAGUUCAACUCUGGCCAGAUCUGCGUGUCGAAUUCGAGGGUAUAUGUCCAUAAGGACGUCCUACCCAAGUUUGUCGAGCUGUUCAAAGCCAGAUUCACAAGUGUCAAGACUGGAGACCCGCUGGAUAAAGAAACAGACUUUGGGCCACAAGUUGACGAAACACAGUUUACGAAUAUCCUGAGGCUAAUUGACGAAGCAAAGAGUGACGGCGCCCAGCUUGUAGCCGGAGGAUCUCGAGCUGCUGAAAAUGGCUUUUAUAUUCAGCCGACCAUAUUUGUUCAGGUUCCUGCUAAUGCGAACCUCCUCAAGACGGAAGUGUUUGGUCCUGUGGUGGCCAUUCAGCAGUUUGACGACGAAGACACUGUGAUAGCAGAGUGCAAUGACACGGAAUAUGGGCUCCACGGGACGGUUUUCACAAAGGAUAUAUCCCGUGCAUAUCGCAUGGCCAAGGCCUUCGAGGCUGGCAUGGUCACAAUUAAUUGCAGCAGUGAAAAUGGCCCGUACGAUAUGCCGUUUGGUGGGUGGAAGCAAAGUGGAACGGGCCGUGAGAAUGGGCGUGUCGGUCUCGACUCCUACUUUGAGACGAAAUCCGUCACACUAAAGCUAUAA